AUGUCUAGAGACGCACCAUUGAAGGCGGAAAAGGAUUAUACGGAGAUUUUGGAUGCCGAAUUUCCAAAAAUUGAGAUUCUAGCGAAGAAUGACUAUUCAGCAGCUCUAGACCAAUUGUUGAGUUUGGAAAAGAAGACUAGACAGUCUUCGGAUUUGGUUUCGUCCAAGAGGGUGCUUGCUAAGAUAGUGGAUGUUUUGGUGAAGGAAAACCAAUGGGAUCUACUUAACGAACAACUUGUUCUACUCUCUAAGAAGCACGGACAAUUGAAAUUGUCGAUCCAGUAUAUGAUACAAACUGUUAUGGAGCAUUUGAAAGAUGUUACGGAUAAGGAGAUAAAGAUCAAGGUCAUAGAGACGAUAAGAGUUGUGACUGAGAAUAAGAUUUUUGUGGAAGUUGAAAGAGCUAGAGCUACCAGGGACUUGGUGAACAUCAGAAGGGCUGAAGACAAGAUUGAUGAAGCGGCCGAUUUAUUGUGCGAGUUGCAAGUGGAGACGUAUGGGUCUAUGGAAAUGUACGAAAAGAUCGAAUUCAUUCUCGAGCAGAUUGAAUUGAGUAUCUUGAAGGGUGAUUACUCUCAGGCAACUGUCCUUUCCAGAAAAAUUUUAAAGAAGACCUUCAAGAAUGAAAAGUAUGAAUCCUUGAAGUUGGAAUACUACAACCUUUUGGUCAAAAUUGGCUUGCACAAGAAGUCUUAUUUGGAAGUUGCACAAUAUUACCAAGAAAUCUACAACUCUGCCUCUGUCAAGGAAGACGAGAUCCAAUGGAAAGCUGUACUAUCCAGAAUUGUAUAUUUCUUAAUCCUUUCCCCAUACGAUAAUUUGCAAAGUGAUCUCAUUCACAAGAUUCAAUUGGACAAUAACUUAAAGAAGUUGCCCUCUCAAGAAUCUUUGGUCAAACUUUUCACUACUGCAGAAUUAAUGAGAUGGCCUAUUGUUCAAGAUACUUACAAAGAUGUUUUGAACAAAGAUGGUAUUGCGUUUGGAUCUAAUGAGGACCAUUGGGAAGACCUUCAUAAGAGAAUCAUAGAACACAACUUGCGCGUUAUCUCGAAAUAUUACACCCAGAUCACUCUCCCUAGACUAAAGGAGUUACUCGAUCUAGAUGAAGCUAAGACAGAGUCGUUCAUUAGUAAUUUGGUCAACCAAGGAGUCAUAUAUGCCAAGAUAAAUAGACCGGCAAAAAUCGUUAGUUUCGGCAAACCAAACAACUCAAGUGACCUUCUAAAUGAAUGGUCCGCUAACGUCGACCAACUAUUGGAGCAUAUUGAAACUAUCGGCCAUCUAAUCACAAAGGAGGAAAUAAUGCACGGACUUAAGGCUAAAUAG